CAAAAACCCUAAACCCGAUUAUAUCAAUAAAUAAAGUAAAAUAAAAAGAAAGAAAGUAAGAAAGAAAGAAAGAAGGGAAUUCCGACUAUUGCUCUAAUUCUAAUACCUUCCAUGCAAGAAAGAACCUUAAUGUGACACGAUCUCUCUCCUCAUCGUCCUCUCUCUCAAAACCUCUCUUUCCCCCUUUCCCUUCAUCCUUUCCUUAAUUCUUUCCGUUACCGCCUUGUUUCUCGCCUCUGAUCAGCAAAACCCUUCUUCUAAUUCUAAUGGACGAUAACCAUCGUCGUCAUAAUGAUCACCAUAAAGAUCACACCGCCGACGAUCCCCAAAAGCCGCAGCCGCAGCCGCAGCCGCAGCUGUUCCCGUUUCUGUUACCGGCGGUUAUAAUUCGGAGGGAACUCGCCUACGCUUUUCUUUCCUUCUUUCUCCUCAUCGGAUCUUCUCUCUACGCCUUCGAUCUCCUCGCCCCGCUCGACCCGGUCUCAUACUUCCGGGUCGGGUUCUUGUCCCGGACCUUGCCGAUCUGCCGGGACUACGGCGACGGCGACUGGGUCCGCGACGAGAGGAAGAACAACGUCGUCGGAUCCUAUGGCGAAGACUGCCCGUUUCUUGAUCCCGGCUUCCGCUGUCGCUGGAACGGCAGGGCUGACGUGGACUAUCUCAACUGGCGCUGGCAGCCACGUCGCUGUAACUUACCCAGAUUCAACGCGACGGACUUUCUGGAGAGGGCGAGGAACGGGAGGAUAGUGUUCGCCGGAGACUCGAUCGGCCGGAACCAGUGGGAGUCUUUCCUCUGCAUGCUGGCACAGGGGGUCUCCAACACGUCCGCCGCCGCGAUCUACGAGGUCAACGGGAAGCCAAUCUCCAAGCACAGAGGCUUCCUCGUCAUGCGGUUCAGCGAGUACAACCUCACCGUCGAGUACUACAGGCUGCCCUUCCUGGUGAUCAUCGGCCGGCCGCCUCGAGGGUCGCCGCCGGAGGUCAAGAUGGCGAUCAAGGUCGACCAGCUCCACUGGUUCUCCAAGAGAUGGGUCGGCGCGGACGUGCUGGUUUUCAAUGCUGGACAUUGGUGGAACGAGUACAAAACCAUCUACAUGUACGAAUGUUUUAUCUCCAGGGGUCACUAUUUUGAAGAAAAUGGAGUAAUAAACAAGACGAUGGGGGUUAUGGAGGCGUUCCAGAGGUCGCUGCAGACGUGGAGGAAAUGGGUGACUGAGAAUUUGGAUCCUGAGAAGAGUCAUGUCUUCUUUCGCAGUUAUUCCCCUGCUCAUUACAGGAAUGGGACGUGGAAAGAUGGAGGGCACUGCGAUCUGGACCUGCAACCGGAGGCGAACUCGAAGCUUGUAGCUCCCGAGCCAGCAAACAAUCGACCGAUUUCUGAAGUGAUUACAGAGAUGAGACAGGGAAACUACAAGAGAGUUGAGUACUUGAACAUUACACAUCUGACAGAGUACAGGAGCGACGGGCACCCAUCUCGCUACCGUGAGCCGGGGACCCCGCCGGACGCUCCUCAGGACUGCAGCCACUGGUGCCUGCCAGGAAUCCCAGAUGUGUGGAAUGAGAUUCUGUAUGCUCAUUUGCUGUCGAUGGGAUUCAGAACCAACAGAUGA